AUGGAGGCUCUUGUUGUGUAUGUUUUUGUGGCCUUUAUGCUGUGUGGUUGUGCUUUUGGAAGAGAAUGCACAAACACUCCGACUCAAUCGCACACGUUGCGAUAUGAGUUAGGGAUAUCAAAGAAUGAGACAUGGAAGACAGAAAUGUUGUCUCAGUUGUCUCAGUAUCAUGUAACACCAACUGAUGAUUCAGCUUGGGUGGAUUUGUUACCAAGGAAGUUCUUAUCAGAAGAACAUCAACGCGGUUGGAGUGUUAUGUAUAGGAAAAUUAAGAAUCCUGGUGUGUUUAAGCUACCUGUUGGAUUUCUCAAAGAAGUUCCUCUUGAGGAUGUGAGGUUACUGGAUGGUUCAGUUCAUGCUGAUGCACAGCAGACUAAUCUGGAGUAUUUGUUGAUGUUGGAUGUUGAUAGUUUGAUUUGGAGCUUCAGGAAGACGGCGGGAUUACCGACUCCGGGUAAACCUUAUGGUGGAUGGGAGACUCCUGAUCAGGAACUCAGAGGACAUUUUGUUGGGCAUUACUUGAGUGCAUCGGCUCUAAUGUGGGCGAGCACAAAGAACGAUAGUCUGAAGGAGAAAAUGUCGGCCCUUGUUACCGGUCUAUCCGCUUGUCAGGAGAAAAUUGGAACAGGAUAUCUAUCUGCAUUUCCAGAUGAGUAUUUUGAUCGAUUCGAAGCUAUUCAACCUGUUUGGGCUCCCUAUUACACCAUUCACAAGAUCAUGGACGGAUUGUUGGAUCAACAUGUUAAAGGUGGAAACCCUCAAGCUCUAAAAAUGUUGACAUGGAUGGUCGAUUACUUUUACAACCGAGUCAUGAAUGUAAUAGCAAAGUACACUGUACAUAGACACUAUGAUUCCCUAAAUGAGGAAACUGGAGGAAUGAAUGAUGUCCUGUACAAAUUAUAUAGCGUAACGCGGGAUUCAAAGCAUUUAUUGUUGGCACACCUUUUCGACAAGCCAUGCUUUUUAGGGUUGCUUGCAGUAGAGGCAAAUGACAUAGCUGGAUUUCAUUCUAAUACGCAUAUCCCAAUUGUUGUUGGAGCUCAAAUGCGGUACGAAGUCACGGGUGAUCCAAUUUUUAAGGAUAUUGGGUCAUUCUUUAUGAGCAUUGUAAACUCUUCACACAGCUAUGCAACUGGAGGGACAUCAGUCAGUGAGUUCUGGAGUGAUCCAAAAAGAAUGGCAAAUGCCCUGACAACAGAGAGUGAAGAAUCGUGCACAACUUAUAAUAUGUUGAAGGUUUCGCGCCACCUGUUCAAAUGGACCAAAGAAGUCUCUUAUGCAGAUUAUUAUGAGCGCGCCUUAACAAAUGGUGUGCUCGGUGUUCAAAGAGGAACAGAUCCCGGGGUGAUGAUUUAUAUGCUUCCUCUAGGUCGUGGGCAAUCCAAAGCUAAAUCUUAUCAUGGUUGGGGAACACCAUUUAAUUCUUUCUGGUGCUGCUACGGAACAGGAAUUGAAUCAUUCUCAAAGCUGGGAGAUUCUAUUUAUUUUGAAGAGGAGGGGAAUAAUCCUAGUCUAUACAUCAUUCAGUACAUUUCAAGUUCAUUUAAUUGGAAAUCUGGGAAAGUUUUGCUCACACAGACAGUUGUUCCGGCUGCUUCGUCAGACCCUUACCUACGAGUCUCUUUUACCUUCUCUCCUAAUGAGAAAAAUGGGACUUCGUCAACAUUGAAUUUUCGUCUACCAUCUUGGACUCUUGCCAAUGGUGCCAAGGCGAUAUUGAAUACUGAAACUUUAUUUUUGCCAGCUCCAGGGAAGUUUUUGUCAAUCACACGACAAUGGAGUUCCGAUGACAAGUUGACCCUUGAGUUGCCUCUCAUCGUCCGAACAGAAGCCAUAAAAGAUGAAAGACCUGAAUUCGCAUCUCUUCAAGCAAUUCUUUAUGGACCAUACCUUCUUGCUGGUCAUACCUAUAAAAAUUGGGACAUUAAAGUUGGUGCUAAGACAUCUGUUGCAGACUUGAUUACUCCAAUUCCUUCCAGUUACAACAACCAACUAGUUUCUUUGUCACAAGACUUUAAAAAUUUAACUCUUGUUAUGACAAACUCAAACCAAUCACUCACAAUGCAAAACUUACCUGCACCUGGAACUGAUAUCGCUCUUCACGCUACCUUUAGACUUGUCCAAAAAGAUUCUAUUAGUAAAUCGGUGGUUUUAGAACCAAUUGAUCUACCUGGAAAUACUGUAAGUCACCAAGGACCAGACCAACCUCUUAUCGUUGUAGAAUCCUCCCUCGGCGGGCCUUCUUCGGAUUUUCUAGUCGUGCCAGGAUUGGACGGACGAAAUCAAACUGUAUCAUUAGAAUCAAAAAGCAAUAAAGACUGUUAUGUGCAUAGCGAUAUGAGCGCUGGUUCAGAACUUAAGCUCAAGUGCAAGUCUGAUUCUGAAGCUAGUUUAAACCAAGCAACAAGUUUUGUUUUUGGGAAAGGAUUAAAGCAAUACCAUCCUAUUAGCUUUUUGGCUAAAGGUACAUACCAGGAUUUUCUUUUAGAGCCAUUAUUCAGCUUCAGGGAUGAGCAUUAUACAGUUUAUUUCAACAUUCAAGGUCAAGGUCAAGGUCAUGCAAGUUGGAAUUCUAAGUAA